AUGCAUUUGGAGGGAGUGGAAACCAGCCGAAGUCUCGCUCCAAAGUUGGGAAGCAGUUCGCAACAGUUGAAGUCGAUCACAAAGAAUAUCGCUUCAAUUUUUCAAUUAGUAGGAUCAGUGAGCGGGCCAACUACAAAUUCUCUUGGGGACGUUUUGGAAAGAAGCGCAACAACUUUAGAAGAACUGAAUACACUCUGCGGCUCAGUUGUAAGAGAAACCAGCUCAAUUUACGAGAAUCUUCGGUCAAUUGAGUCCCAGCUUUCUCAACUCGACAACCUGUGGCUAAGUAUUGAUAGAGCUGUUGAAUUCGUAGCACAGAAGAAACAGCAAUUGAUUAACUGA